AUGAACAAACUUAGAAUCCUUGUCCCAGUCAAGCGUGUGGUCGACCACGCCAUCAGACCCCGUGUCAACAAGCAGCUCACAAACAUCGAAACCAAGAACCUCAAAUUCUCGAUCAACCCUUUCGAUGAUAUAGCUGUUGAAGAAUCUGUCAAGUUGAAAGAAUCGCACCCGGAUCUUGUCGAACAAGUCCAUGCCGUCAGUAUCGGCCCAUUGAAGGCUCAAGACGUGUUGAGAACCGCAUUGGCUAAGGGCUGCGACUCCUCUACCCUUGUCGAACACACCUCCACCGAAUUGGAGCCCUUGGUCAUCAGCAAAGUCUUGCACAAAUUGGUCCAGCAAAAGAACGCUAACUUGGUCGUGCUCGGGAAGCAGGCUAUCGAUGACGACUGCAACAACACCGGCCAGAUGCUAGCAGGUCUCCUAAACUGGCCCCAGGCCACCAAUGCCUGCAAGGUCGAGCUGCUAGACAACGGUGAAAGCGUCAGAGUCACCAAGGAAAUCGAUGGUGGUGAAGAAGUCGUCGUCGCAAAACUCCCCAUGGUCAUCACCACGGACUUGCGUUUGAACACCCCACGUUACGCUACGCUCCCUAACUUAAUGAAGGCUAAGAAGAAGCCAUUGGAGAAGUUGAAGCUCGCUAAGGACUUCGAGGGCAUCGACCUAACCCCACAGUUGAAGCUCGUCAAGGUCGAGGAACCUCCAGUCAAGAGCCCCGGUAUCCAGCUCUCCUCUGUCGACGAAUUGGUCGCAAAACUAAAGGAAGACAAACUUGUGUAG